AUGACCAUCAUCGAUUUCAUCGGUAACCCGGACCGCGAGUACGUUCUCUCCUUCCAGACAGCCGCAAAGCCUCGUCGUAAGAAGCUGGCAGUAGGCUGGCCUGAGAGCGUCGAACAGAACCUUGAGCGUCUUGCAUCGUGUGGAUUCGUCGAGGACUGUGGUGUUCCACUUUGCGGCAACUGCAACGAGCUGGGUCAUGUUCGAAAGCACUGCAAGCAGGAGCAGGCUGCACGCGAAAACCCUCAGCCUGAGACUCAGUGUGUCUAUUGCCAGGAAAUCGGUCACCGUGCUCGCGAUUGUCCCAAGGAGCGUGUCAAUCGCUUCGCCUGCAAGAACUGCAAGCAGGAGGGCCACAACGCCAAAGAAUGCCCUGAGCCCCGCUCCGCUGAGGGUGUCGAGUGCCGCAAGUGCAAUGAGACCGGUCACUUCUCCAAGGACUGCCCCAACGUCGCUGCUCGUACUUGUCGCAACUGCGGAUCCGCCGAUCACAUUGCCAAGGAGUGCGACCAGCCUCGCAACCCCGAUACCGUUACCUGCCGCAACUGCGAAGAGGUGGGUCACUUUUCCAAGGACUGUCCCAAGCCUAGGGACUACUCCAAGGUCAAGUGCUCAAACUGCCAAGAGAUGGGCCACACUCAUGUUCGUUGCAAGGCUCCCAAGGCCGAGGAGGGUGGCGAUGUAUCUGCCGGUGCCUGGGGCGCAGACUCUGGUGGCGGCGGCGGCGAUGCUGUUGCUGCUACUGGUGGCGAGGCUUCCUGGGGCGACGGCGGCGGCGGCGGAGGUGGAGAAGGUUGGUAG